AUGAAUGAACCAAAUGCCUAUGGAAAUACUCCUCUCCAUGUAGCUUGCUACAACGGGCAAGAUGUUGUAGUGAAUGAACUCAUAGACUGCGGUGCUAAUGUAAAUCAAAUGAAUGAGAAGGGGUUUACACCUUUGCACUUUGCUGCUGCGUCAACACAUGGAGCAUUGUGUUUAGAGCUUUUGGUCUGUAAUGGAGCUGAUGUAAAUAUGAAGAGUAAAGAUGGGAAAACACCUUUGCACAUGACAGCCAUCCAUGGUAGAUUUUCAAGAUCUCAAACCAUCAUUCAAAAUGGAGCUGAAAUAGACUGUGAAGAUAAGAAUGGAAAUACUCCUUUGCACAUAGCAGCUAGAUAUGGCCAUGAGUUAUUAAUCAACACUCUGAUUACGAGUGGUGCUGACACUGCAAAGCGGGGUAUACAUGGGAUGUUUCCUCUCCAUUUGGCAGCAUUAAGUGGAUUUUCAGACUGCUGCAGAAAGCUUCUCUCAUCAGGUUUUGACAUUGACACGCCAGAUGACUUUGGCAGGACUUGCCUUCAUGCAGCUGCAGCUGGAGGGAAUUUGGAGUGCCUAAAUCUUCUGCUAAAUACUGGUGCAGACUUCAACAAAAAGGACAGAUUUGGGAGAACUCCACUCCAUUAUGCUGCUGCCAAUUGUAAUUAUCAGUGCCUGUUUGCCCUUGUGGGAUCUGGAGCUAGUGUGAAUGACCUUGAUGAGAGGGGUUGUACACCUCUGCACUACGCAGCUGCAUCAGACACAGAUGGAAAGUGCCUGGAAUACUUGCUAAGAAAUGAUGCCAAUCCGGGGAUCCGAGACAAACAAGGAUACAAUGCAGUUCAUUAUUCAGCUGCUUAUGGUCAUCGCUUAUGUCUUGAAUUGAUUGCAAACGAAACGCCUCUAGAUGUUCUAAUGGAAACAUCAGGUACUGACAUGCUGAAUGAUUCAGACAACAGAGCACCUAUAAGUCCACUGCAUUUAGCAGCCUAUCAUGGCCACCAUCAAGCUCUGGAAGUGCUGGUACAGUCACUGCUGGACCUUGAUGUGAGGAAUAAUAACGGAAGGACACCAUUGGAUCUUGCUGCCUUUAAGGGACACGUGGAAUGUGUAGAUGUGCUCAUUAAUCAGGGAGCAUCAAUCUUGGUGAAAGAUUAUGUUGUAAAGAGGACCCCGAUACAUGCUGCAGCUACAAAUGGUCACUCAGAAUGUUUGCGGCUAUUGAUAGGAAAUGCAGAACCACAGAAUGCAGUGGACAUUCAAGAUGGAAAUGGACAGACUCCUCUGAUGUUGUCAGUUCUCAAUGGGCACACCGACUGCGUUUAUUCACUCCUUAGCAAAGGAGCAAAUGUAGAUGCCAAAGAUAAGUGGGGAAGGACAGCAUUACAUAGAGGGGCAGUUACUGGGCAUGAGGAGUGUGUGGAAGCAUUGCUUCAACAUGGUGCUAAGUCGUUAUUACGAGACUGUAGGGGGCGAACCCCUAUCCACUUGUCAGCUGCAUGUGGACAUAUAGGUGUUCUAGGAGCUCUCCUGCAGUCAGCUACAUCUGUGGAUGCAGUGCCUGCAAUAGCAGACAAUCAGGGCUAUACAUCACUGCAUUGGGCCUGCUAUAAUGGUCAUGACAGUUGUGUAGAGCUCCUCCUGGAACAGGAAGUUUUCCAGAAAAUGGAAGGAAAUUCUUUCAGUCCAUUGCAUUGUGCUGUGAUAAAUGACAAUGAAGGUGCUGCAGAAAUGUUAAUUGAUACACUAGGUGCUGGUAUUGUAAAUUCAACAGAUUCAAAAGGAAGAACUCCUCUUCAUGCAGCAGCUUUUACAGACCAUGUUGAGUGUCUACAGCUCCUGCUCAGUCACAACGCUCAAGUAAAUGCUGUAGAUUCUUCUGGGAAAACACCUUUAAUGAUGGCUGCAGAAAAUGGACAGACAAGUACAGUUGAGGUGCUGGUUAGCAGUGCUAAGGCUGAUCUGACUUUGCAAGACAGUUCUAAGAACACAGCACUCCAUUUGGCUUGCAGCAAGGGUCAUGAAACUAGUGCCUUGUUAAUACUGGAGAAGAUUACGGACAGAAACCUCAUAAAUGCCACCAAUGCAGCCUUGCAAACACCGCUGCAUGUUGCUGCUCGGAAUGGACUAACGGUUGUAGUUCAAGAGCUUUUAGGGAAGGGAGCAAGUGUACUUGCUGUAGAUGAAAAUGGUUACACACCAGCUUUGGCCUGUGCGCCCAAUAAGGAUGUGGCUGAUUGCCUAGCUCUCAUUCUGGCCACGAUGAUGCCUGUUUCAUCGAGCAGCACAUUACCUUCCCUUACGUUCAAUGCCAUUAAUCAUUACACCAACACCUCAAAAACUGUCACCUUCGAUUCCUUGCCAAUCAUGAGGAGUGACCAUAGCUCUUACUGUACUUUCAACAAUAUUGGCAGGGAAGACGGCUACCCAUAUACAGAAGAAGAUGAACUCAAUGACUCAGAUUCCGAGACCUAUUAGGAGCUACAUUUUGUAGGUCUACAGAGUGAACCCUCACGCUGGAAGGUCAGACUUGUGCUUUUGAAAAAAAAAGCAUUCAGUGUUUUGAAAGCAAAA